AUGGCGAUCGCGGACGACAACAUCAUCCUCAACCCGGAGUUCGACGGCGGGCUGGACGGCUGGUCCGGCAGCGGGUGCAAGAUCGAGCUCCACGACUCGCUCGACGACGGCAAGGUGCUCCCGGCGACCGGCAAGUACUUCGUGGCCGCCACGGGGAGGACGGACACGUGGAACGGCGUCAUGCAGGACGUCACGGCGCGGCUGCAGCGCAAGACCGCCUACGAGGUCGCCGCCACCGUGCGCCUCUCCGGGGCCAACGUCUCGCCGUGCGAGGUCCGCGCCACGCUCGCCGUGCAGACCGCCGACAGCAGGCAGCAGUACAUCGCCGUCGGCAAGUUGCAGGCGUCGGACAAGGACUGGGCGCAGCUGCAGGGCAAGUUCCUGCUCAACAGCACCGUCGCCAAGGCCACCAUCUACGUCGAAGGGCCAAAGGCCGGCGUCGACCUGCUCCUCGACUGCCUGGUGGUCAAGCACGCCCAGAAGGCGCCGCCGUGCUCGCCGCCGGACUUCCAGAAUCUUGAGUACGGUGCCAACAUCAUCCAGAACAGCAACCUCGCCGACGACCUCCUCAAGCUCUGCUCCGACAACGGCAUGUGCGUGCGCGGCCACUGCAUCUUCUGGGAGCUCUUCAUGAGCCGCGACUCGGCACACCUCGUCAACGCCGAGGGGGACAUCAACGAGGCCGGACGCCGGCUGCUGCAGCUGAAGAAGGAGUGGCUCACGCACGCACAUGGUCACGCCGACGAGAACGGAGAGUUCAAGUUCCGUGGGCAUCACGGCGCGUACCACGUCGACGUGGUCACGGCCACCGGCUGCAAGAUCACGCAGGAGUUCGCCGUCGACAAGGACGACUCACCCAUGGUGCUCAACAUCAAUGUGUGA